AUGAAUACAACCCUUGAUUUGGAGGACUUUAUGUACAACUCGUUUGAUAUAAACAUUGUUUUAAACCAUUUGAUGGCCGAUAGUGUUGUGCCUGCGAUCGCCACAACUGAUCCAUCGGCUCAUAAGCUGGACAUUGAUCUCUACUUGACUCGCGAGCGCCAGAAGAUGAGUGACUGCAACAACAUCUGUGAUCUGCCGAUAGAGCUGUUGGAACUGAUAAUGACUUACGUCUCGUACGACGAGAUCGCGAGAGUCAGAUCCGUUUGUCGUCUCUUCGACUCGUGUUCGCAACGACUGCUGAACAGAGGUUUCGUGAAAGUGGAGAAAUACCACAACAUUUGCUUCAAACGCGUCAAACAACAGCUCCCGAGGCGUGAGUCCGAACGCAGGAGCCAUCCAUUGGCCCGACAUUGCGAUGUCUUGUCCGCCAUCGAGACCAGGCUUUCCCUCUUAGGGAUGACUUAUAUGAAGUACGUGGAGAUGACUCUCUGCUGUUUCAUUCCGGGCAAAGUAAUCGAUGAGAUCUAUAGAGUGUUACGAUUCAUACAAAACAAUCCAAAUCCUCCUCGAGUUCACGAACUGCUUCAAGAGCUGCGCGACAUCUCAUCCAUGGCUAUGGAGUACUUCGAAGAGAAGAUCGCGCCGUCUCUGAAGAGCAAACUGUCCACUUCGGCCACUGUUAUGACAACAGUUGGUUCGCUCAACUCGUCGCCAAUCAGUUCGUGUCACCGAUCGCUUCCGUCGACAUCGAGUUCGACGCCUGCCUAUCAGACUCCGAGAAGCAGUCCAUUCGGUGAUCAGGAGACCAACAAAUCCAAUAUUAGUAACAAUUUGAUGAAACAAAUGCAAACUUCGCAAAACACUAUCAAAAAGGAGUUCAAUGAAAUCAAAGUCAAAUUAAAAGACUUCUCUGUCAUUAAGAGAGAGAUAACAGCCCUUAAGAGCAAAGCCAAAGAAUCGGAAAAGAGUUCCUUAGAAAAGGAUCAGAUAAUCGCAGAAUUGAAAGCAGAAUUAGAGGACUUGAAGCGACGGAUGAGUGAAUACGACAAGAAAAGUGGUGUCAAAGCCAUUAAGGAUGAGCAACACGUCCACAAAGAGACAGUGAAGCGAAAGUCUCAGAGAACGCCCACCACUCGCGCCAAACGAGUUCGCGAUAAUUCAAUACAAUCGGCCUCUGAAGACAUGGCAGAGGACUUGCAAAUGGAUGACAUCGCUGUUGCCAUCCGUCGCCGCACACCUGUCAGACAGGAGACACUUAUGACUCAACCGAUUGGUCGCAAUUCGAGAUCAAAGACUAAUUCAGCGCUCGCUUUGAGUCCCAAAUCAUUGCCCAAAAGAAAUGUGAAAAAUAAUACAAAUUUAACGGAGAAUUUGAGAGAAAAACGUAUCAAAAAGUAAGAUAUUUGUUGCAAAUCCCAUG